UGAAAUCCAACCCCAAAAUUUCAACGAUAAAGAUGUCCAGGUUUACUACUCUGAUUGCGGCUCUAAGCUUAUGCUUGCUUCUUCUGGGUUUUUCGUACUCUGUCGAGGCAAUUGCAAGAUCAAUUACUGAUAAUGGAGGAGCAGCACCCAAUUUCAUAUCACUUCAAUGUACAGGUCGUCCCUGCCGGAAUGAUCAAGAGAGUAGUAAUAUAUGCAUAUCGUCAGGUUACAGUGGAGGUGUUUGUCGGUCAGCAGUUGCUGCAUCAUAUGGCGAGGAGCAGGUUGAUGUUAAUGGAGGAAAACUCCGAAGUUAUAUGCAAUCUUGUUGUUGGUAGCAGACAGAGCCCGGCCUUGUUUAAAGAGUUUGAGUCACUCUCUUCGUUUCACCGUCCCAAACAAAUAAUACCUUAAUAAACGAUCUAAUCAAUCAUUUAUUUUUUAUUUUGAGACGAAAAUUUCCAACGUUA